CCUCCAAUGGCUGGGCAAGUUGUGGGCACUCUACCUAGGACCUGGCCCGAGGCGUAGAUCACCCCGUUCUCCCGCCAGGCAAACGGGCCGGCUGCCCGCUUCCACUUGGGCGACGGAGUCUCUCCAGGGCACGCUCUUAAUUUGGCUUCGGAGGGCCCAGGCCUGCGCCGCAGUCACUCCCGGAAGUGACCUCUCCCAGAGGGGCCGGAAGUGGCAGUGGAGGGAGGGAAGAUGGCGGAGGUGGUGAGUCCGGUGCCCGGGGCGGGGCGGAGGGAGUCAGGGGAGGUGGGUAGAGCCCGAGGCCCCCCAGUAGCCGACCCUGGCGCCGCGCUGUCUCCCCAGGGGGAGAUAAUCGAGGGCUGCCGCCUACCCGUGUUGCGGCGGAACCAGGACAACGAAGAUGAGUGGCCCCUGGCCGAGAUCCUGAGCGUGAAGGACAUCAGUGGCCGGAAGCUUUUCUACGUCCAUUAUAUUGACUUCAACAAACGUCUGGAUGAAUGGGUGACCCACGAGCGUCUGGACCUAAAGAAGAUCCAGUUCCCCAAGAAAGAGGCCAAGACCCCCACCAAGAACGGACUUCCUGGGUCCCGCCCCGGCUCUCCGGAGAGAGAGGUGCCGGCCUCCGCCCAGGCCAGCGGGAAGACCUUGCCAAUCCCGGUCCAGAUCACACUCCGCUUCAACCUGCCCAAGGAGCGGGAGGCCAUACCCGGUGGCGAGCCCGACCAGCCGCUCUCCUCCAGCUCCUGCCUGCAACCCAACCACCGCUCAACGAAACGGAAGGUGGAGGUGGUUUCCCCAGCAACUCCAGUGCCCAGCGAGACAGCCCCGGCUUCAGUUUUUCCCCAGAAUGGAUCAGCCCGUAGGGCAGUGGCAGCUCAGCCAGGCCGGAAGCGAAAAUCGAAUUGCUUGGGCACUGAUGAGGACUCCCAGGACAGCUCAGAUGGAAUACCAUCGGCACCACGCAUGACUGGCAGCCUGGUGUCUGACCGAAGCCACGACGACAUUGUCACCCGGAUGAAGAACAUUGAGUGCAUCGAACUGGGCCGGCACCGCCUCAAGCCGUGGUACUUCUCCCCAUACCCACAGGAGCUCACCACGCUUCCUGUCCUCUACCUGUGUGAGUUCUGCCUCAAGUAUGGACGUAGCCUCAAGUGUCUGCAGCGUCACUUGACCAAGUGUGACCUGCGACACCCUCCAGGCAACGAGAUUUACCGCAAGGGUACCAUCUCCUUUUUUGAGAUUGAUGGACGGAAGAACAAGAGUUACUCCCAGAAUCUGUGUCUUUUGGCCAAGUGUUUCCUCGACCACAAGACAUUGUACUAUGACACGGACCCUUUCCUCUUCUAUGUCAUGACAGAGUACGACUGCAAGGGCUUCCACAUUGUGGGCUACUUCUCCAAGGAAAAAGAGUCCACAGAGGACUACAACGUGGCCUGCAUUCUCACCCUGCCUCCCUACCAGCGCCGGGGCUACGGCAAGCUGCUGAUUGAAUUCAGCUAUGAACUCUCCAAAGUGGAAGGGAAGACAGGAACCCCUGAGAAGCCCCUCUCAGAUCUUGGCCUCCUGUCCUAUCGAAGUUAUUGGUCCCAGACUAUACUGGAAAUCCUGAUGGGGCUGAAGUCAGAAAGCGGGGAGAGGCCACAGAUCACCAUCAAUGAGAUCAGUGAAAUCACCAGCAUCAAGAAAGAGGAUGUCAUCUCCACCCUACAGUAUCUCAACCUCAUCAACUACUACAAGGGUCAGUACAUCCUCACUUUGUCAGAGGACAUCGUGGAUGGGCACGAACGGGCUAUGCUCAAGCGACUCCUUCGAAUUGACUCCAAGUGUCUGCACUUCACUCCAAAGGACUGGAGCAAGAGAGGAAAGUGGUGACCAGGCAUUACUCAUAUCAGUGCCAACAGAACUGGCAGAACUGGGGCUGACAACCCAUUCUACCCCGACUGGGGCUCUGAAGAGGCAUGCCAAGGGAGACAAGACUGAGGACAGCUCCAAAAGGGCAUAGGCCUGGGAGGGAUCAGCUGACAGCACCAAGGUGAGCUCAAGGCUCAGGUCAACUCCAAGGUCAGCUGACUACAGGCCCAGGCCUACUCUGAACCAGGGACCAGAGCCAGGCAGUUGUGUACAGUGAGAUGAGGGUGGGGGCACUGUACAGAGGGCUGGUUGUAAAAAUUCCUUUUGUAAAGUAGGAGUUGGGGGUGUGGUGGGUACUGGCUGCAAAAAUUCCCAUCUUUCUUGCCCCCAGCAAUAAAUUGUUUCUAUAAGCCAGAGCCACCAGAGGUUCUCUGGGAGUGGGACCCAUGCUGCAGUAGGGGCACCAAGGUACCCAGAGACUCACAGGUACUGUGAAGAGCUCAUUUAUUGGGAUGAUGGAAUCGUUGGCUCCAAAGUGAAGAGCCGGUUUACUGGUGUGAAGGGAUCAGUGGCUUUCAAUUUCAGGCUCUGGUUCUCAGUCCUCAGGCACCUGUGCGUGAAUCUGCAACAGGAGUCACCUCUACUAUAGAGUUUCUAAUACAGUAGUCGAAUGUCCUCCGUAUGUGGGGAGGGAUCUAGCUCUUCCGAAUGAUACCCGCUUCUAGAAAGGCCAGUGGUGGGGAAGCCAUGCUUCCCAUACUUCCCAAACGAAUUCUCCAGAUCCAGGUUCCAUUGGUUCUACGAUGCUCCCCAGCCCUAAAGCUCCAAAUCCCCUAAGGGCAAGAAUGAGAUUGGGAGAAACGAUAGGAAGACAGUUUACUCACCGCUUCAGCGAGGCUGGGCCAAGCGAGGGCCCCACGCAUUUUGGCAUCCGGGCCGGGGGCGGUCUCCAGGCCCCACAAGGUGAAGCUGCUGAAGCUGCCAGUGGCUCCGAUAAAGCGGUCCUGGGAAAGGGGCCACGUUCAGCAUUGGGGGCGCCGCUCCUGCCCGCACCCCCUGCAACCCUAUCCCUGUGCUUACGAAGUCCCGUUCCAGCGACUCCGGGGCUUCCACCAGCUCCUGCUCAUCUUUCUGGCCGUCGCUUUCUGAGCUCCCGGAGAAGUCCUGCUUCCCUUUCUGCCUCUCUCCGGUCUCCUCCGUCACCAUCACGUAGCCCGUGAAGCCGGGCGGCACAGCCACCUCCUCGCCCCGUAGGCUGCGGCCGCGAAACGACACCUGGAGUCCUGCGGGAGGAGAGCGCGGGACUUGGGUCAGGAUCUCGGGCCACCUCCGAGGACUCCGCUCCCCAGGAGCCCUGGCGGGCGCGGGGGUUGCCGGGAACGCGGUCCUGCUGCCAAGCUCACCGUCCGGGCCCUGGCGGACGGCAGGCGUGAAGAAGCGUCCCACGGGGGCGGGCCCGUUCACCAGGACCUCGCAGGGCAGGAGGUGCAGCGUGGCUGGGGCGGCGUCGCGCAGCGUGACGGGGCGCAGGUGGACGCGUUGCUUCUCCACCGCCACCUCGCCGCGGCUCUCCAUCCUCCGGUGCCGCUGGGGGGGCCGAAGGCAAAGCUGGCGCGGGAAGCGCGCGGGGCCUGUCGGGAGGCGGGGCGCGGUCGGCGCGGGGCCUCAUGGGAAGCGUAGUCCUUCCCCUCUGCAAGCCCCGCCUCCCACGGCAAAUUAAUAGCCUGCGCGCGGUGCAGAAACACGAUGAUCCCCCAAAGUGCUCUUUUAUGUAAGUUGACAGGUUUUUAAUUUUUAACUGGGGACGUUAACCCUUUUCUUAAAUGCAUUGAAGAUACUUUUUCCGAGUUUGUGGUUUGGCUUGCAAACCUGUGUAUAGGUGAUUCUUACUCCUCAGAAGAGAAUUUUUGUAAUUAGACUUACCGACAUUUUCUCGUUGUGUAUUUUAUUUAUCACAAUACCUUUCUUUAAUUUAACCCUUUUCUAAAAGUUUGUUCAGAUACCCAACUUAGAUAUAUUUUAUCACGUUCUCCCAUAAAACAAACACCUGCAAAACUGGAAACUUUGAUUAAAAUUGCAUCAAUUUAUAGAUUUGAAAAAAAAAAGAAAAGCAUACCCAGACAU